CACAACUAUCGGCACCGGUCCGAAGAAUUACCUGCUCCAGCCUGCAGCACACGCGACAUCUCAUUCCACUUUCGCCCCGUCGACGUGUCACACUCCCGCGAGCCGCUCCAAGGAACCCGAACAGCACCUACCUGAUAGGUUUCCAAUUGGAAAAUCUCGUGUCGUCUGCACGAACGCACACAGCUUGAUAUUACUUGUCGAAGUCCGAAAGCAUCGAUCACCGGACGCACGCAGAAGCUCGCAUCCGGUCUCGCUGCCGCCUUGAUCGGAAAAAGAGAAUAGAUUCAGGUACCAGGGGCCGUAGGACUGCUCUUGAGAACGACGUUGAAGCUACAAAGAGGAGACCAGAGAUAAGAUGACCUACUUCAACGCGACGGUAUGGGAUCUGGCCAGGGACCAGUAUGGCCGGCCUUGCUGGGCGAACAAGAUAACCGGGCGGGUUACGUACCAACUUCAAGAUGGGAACGGCCUUCCAUUGUGGCCACACGGUAGGAUGAACUGCCCGGUACCAUGCACCAUGGAAACGGUACCUGCGGGGAUGGGCAACGCACCUGCGGGGCAGGGCGUACCUCCUAUGGGAGGAGUGGGCAGCAUCGUGCCUGCAGGAGGGGCGUGGGUGGUACCGGUGGUCGGCCAGUCCACGGGGACGGUCGUGAUUGUAGGCGACGAAUGCAAGGAGGACAAGUGGUCUGAGUACACCGACGACAACGGAAAGAAGUACUACCACAACCCCUCAAAGGACGAGACCACGCGGGAGAAGCCCAAAGACUUCGACAAGAAGGAGGGAAAGCCCGCCCCGCCCGCCGACACCGAGAAGAAGGAGAAGAAGAAGCCUAAGUACAUCGUCACGCGAGGUUGGUGGCCAUGAAUCGAAGUACACAUUUCCACAGUGAAGUGAUCAUCACUCGGAGUAAGUUGAACCGUGACACAGUUCCAUAUUGGGCACGUUUAGAGGCAUGAUUGUACUUGCAGACGAGUCUCCUCGACCAAUGGGCAUAUAAAACAUAGCAGUACUGGCGUAUUGAGCUGAUGAAGUGUUUUGCAAACGUUUUCUGUGUCGUGGUACCGUCGAGCUCGCGUUUGACCGUUCCUAAUUCUUUUGUGUUCCGUGUCGUUUGUAGAAUGACUCUUCGUGCCUCGCAUUAAGUUUUAGCUCGCGAUUUUAGUUGAUCCCCGGCUGUCGACUUGCGAGCGAAGUAGUGGUCACACUGCCUGUGGAUAGAUGUUGCCUGAGGCAUGCCACACACCCUCAGAAAAAUUGACUUGUAUUCACCCGUGGAAGUAAAUAUUUUGGUAGACAGAAACAUGAGGGCAAACAGUUUUACGGUCGAGUUCUACUUUUGUGGCUUCGGUCGGGGGCAUGAAGAAUAUGCCCCAAUAGGUUACUCGCUAGAGAGAUAACGCACCGCUCUUGUUUGAAGGGGAGUUGCUUGCACGGGGGUUCCUAGUCGUUGCUGUUUUGACAUGUUUUCUGUGUACAGAAUUGUACCAAGUAGAUAUUUGCUGGGUGGGAGAGGCUCGAUGCUCUAGAAUAACUUCGCGUACCAGAAGCAAUCAAGAAGAGGUUGUCUGACUUCUGAGUGCGUCAAAGCCCCGCGUUCUAAGCGUGCAGUUUAUCUGUUUUGUUCCUGCUGCAGGAACUUGCGGGGAAGAAUUUAGGACCACAAAUCAAGCCACUAAAUGUACGGUGCACUGCUGUGAAGUCGAGAUGAAUAAUUGUUGCCGCUCGUGUGCUGCGAUCGGGCGCACGCAUCCUUGAGAUGUCGCACUUUUCCACGUAGAUACUGAACCUCGAGGUUGUUUAUGGCUUCAACGCAAAGGUGAUGUGAUGUACGUGUUAGGGUAGCGGGGGCUGGGGAGGGCAUGUUUGUACAACUGUACUUCAUGGUUUUGAGCAGUUUUUAUAUUCAACCUUUUUUCAAGGGCUUGCGGUGUCGUGUCUUGGCAACACUACUGCUGUACUGUAGUAUAAACGUUAAAAUGUAAAAGUCAGUCGGGCCUUCGGCCCUAUAUUCUGUGAUGUCCGACGAUGUCUUCUGGUUCGUCAACGGGCGUACGAAUGUACAAUAAAGUAAAGUAGAGCCGGUGAGUCUUCCCCCCCACCCAGCGUCCUCGCGGUAGGCAGUGUACUACCAUCAUCAUCAAUCAUCGUAGAACGAAGAUGAUACUGACCGGCGGGCUCAAGAUGAUUCUCGUCCCCUGAAUCGAGUGGAAUUUUUGUGAGGGAGGAAGAAGAGUGGACGGUGUGUGUAUAUAUAUAUAUAUAUUUGGCAUUUGAGGGUAGGAGGCGCUUCUCUCCUGUGGGGUCUUUGCCAGGAAUAGCCCGCGGUCGAGUUUUUUCUUCCUUGUACCUGACGACGGUACGACGGUACAGGUGUGCACUUACCUGGACCCGGAUUUGUAGAGAAAUGGUGCCCGCAAGAAAAGCACCGGGGAGAACAAGGUGGGAUACAGGAAUAUUCUGCCAAGGACAGACAGUAGGAAGUGGGUGUGACUAGAUCACCUCUUUGCACGUGUUGGGUAGGUAAGACGGAGGGGUUUGCUCUACUCUUCCAACAAAGAUUUUUCUCGUUUUUUCUUUGACGUUGUUUCAAGUUUUUCAUGAAGUGAGAACCGGGACGAGGCUGAGCGGGACGGUGGGAGUAUAGGAUGGGCCUGGCCGCCCGAAAACCAACCGCCAUACUUUGACGGGUCAGUAAAAAAAAAACUGUGUCAGUUUUCGUGGUGAGUUUGAGUCGUCGUUGGGAUUUGGCGAUGUACAGUAUCUCGACGACAGCAUGGUUUGAGUACAUUCGAUUGAGUUGCAUUUUUUUCGCGAGCAGGAAGACUUGCUCGAGUUUUUGAGCCUUUUCCCCCUGUUUAUUUUGGGUGUAACGGAAAGGACGCCUUCAACCGGCCGGGCCAAUCAAUGUGGAAUUAAUAUAUCGACGUGCAGAUUCAAUAUAUUUUACGACGACUUCAGUAAGAAUUGUUCAUCCAUACUCAAC